UAAAUCUCAGUCUCCUCGGCCGAUAUAUAUUUUUCUGGCUCUCUGCGAGUCUUCACCAAAGAGUGCGGCUGUGUUUGACAUUUCUGACGCUGACCGCCUGAUCAGCGUAGGUAAGCACCGGCGUACGGCGUUUGUUUAUGCCAAAUAUCUAGCUAGUCUCCAAACACAGGAGAGGGGAGAGAGAAAGAGAAGGUCCAGGCCAUGGUCUAGGCGUCUAGCUAGCUGCCUCUCCCUCUAUAUAUACAAGGCCAUGGCAAGGCUGGUGCUGGACUAAGAAGAAAGGGUUGGAACUUGGAAGGCCAGAGAAGCUAGAGAGGGGGGAGAGAGACGUUUUCCUUCCUCCAAGGAGAGGUACGUAGCUGGUCUUCUGUUAAAGCAGAUCGAGAUGAUCAAGGGAGACCAGAGGCAGCUUGGCGGCCAUGAUGAGAGGUUGCAAGACCAGAUGAGAGAUGAUCAUCGGGCCUCAGAUGGCAAUUUUUUCAAGUUCUUGCAAAACCAGUCAAGCACAAAAAAAGAGGCUCAAGAAGACAAGAUUGCGUCCACAAGGGCAGAGAUGGGCGAAGUGAGAAAAGAGAACGAGCGGCUGAAGACGUUGCUAUCACGGAUGGUGGAGGACCAUCGAUCCCUUCAGAAGCAAUUCGAUGUUCUCCACCAGCAAGGGCGAGGCAAGAACCCCGCCGUGGGCUCACCGGAGCAUACAUCACCCGCCGACGGCCCCGGGUUCAUCUCUUUGCGCCUCGGAACGAGCAGGCAGAACAUGGGAGAAGAGAUCAAGGGCAACACUAAUAAUCCGGAUGGCAAGGGCAUCUCUCUUGGACCUUCAUCAGCCCGCGGAGCUGUUGGUGCAAGAACUGAUGGAAGUGAGACGAAGGUGGGGCCGGAUGUGGUGACGUUGAGCCCUGGAGGCAGCUCCGAGGAGGACGCCACCACAGAGACAACCACAACAUCGGCGCCGAGCAAGGCGGCAAAGAUCCCGAGGAGCACCGGAGGAGUGGAGGCCGAGGAGGAGGUGGCCCAGCAGCCACUGGCCAAGAAGGCCCGGGUGUCCGUGAGGGCAAGAUGUGACACACCGACGAUGAACGAUGGGUGCCAGUGGAGGAAGUACGGGCAGAAGAUAUCCAAGGGGAACCCGUGCCCGCGCGCCUACUACCGCUGCACCGUCGCAGCAGGGUGCCCCGUCAGGAAGCAGGUGCAGAGAUGUGCCGAGGACAUGUCGAUCCUGAUCACCACCUACGAGGGUGCGCACAACCACCAACUCUCAGCCUCCGCGGCCGCCAUGGCAUCCACCACCUCGGCCGCGGCAUCCAUGCUCAUGUCAGGCUCCUCCACCUCGCUCGGCUUCCCCUCUAUCGCCUCCAGCCUCCACGGCCUCAGGUUCGGCCUCCCGGGAGCAUCCAGCGACGCCUCCUCCAACCAGUUGGGCGGCCGACCGUUCUUCCUCCCGGCCGCCACCGGCGCGUCCAUCAGCGCCACCCCGUCGUACCCCACCAUCACCCUCGACCUCACGUCGCAGGCCGCCUCACAGCAGGCCUUCUCUCUCAGCAACAACAACAGGUUCUCCUCCAGCUUCACCGGAUCUCACGGCCACAGCAGCAGCACUGGUGGUAGGUACCCUUCCACGAGCUUCUCCUUCUCCGGCUCCGGCGCCAGCAGCCUGCCCGGCGCCACCGCGUGGCCUGCCGGCGUUGGAUCGUAUCUGAGCUACGGAUCCUCGUCCGGCGCGCCAUACAACGGUGCCGGCAAGAGCUCGUUUGAGGCCGCGUUGAGCGGCAUCAAUGGAAGGCAACAAGGCUCGAUGGCGUCACUCUACCAGCCGGCGCAGGUGCAGCAGAUGGCGGCCCAGUUGAGCGGCGGCAACACGGGCAGGGCGGCGCCGAUCGUGCUCACCGACACGAUCGCCAAGGCGAUCACGUCGGACCCGGGCUUCCACACGGCGCUCGCGGCCGCCAUCACGUCGUACGUCGGCAAGCCGGCUGCAGGGAGCGGCAAGGGGCUCGAAUGGGGGGAGCACCUCGGGCUGGGGCCGUCCAGUGCUGCGGCUGCGGCUGCGGCGUGCUCGUCGUCAGUGCUGGCACGGUCGUCGUCGACGGCGGCGGCACAGAGCGGUUCUCCGAACGGCAAGAUGUCAUUCUUGCACGCGUCGCUGGCACUGUCGAGCUCCUCGAGUGCUACUCCUUCGACGUCUCCUGUGAAGAAAAGGGAGCACAUUAAUUAGUUAGCUGAAGGUUCUGAACUGUGUUUGUGGAUUAAUUUGGUCAUUUGGUGUACAUAUAUAUACUGACUGUAGCAUAAUUGCGGGAAAUGUGUCGAUGGGUUUAUCAUUCACA